AGUAAACUUUUCCCAUUCGUCAUGCUGCUUUACACCAGGGAACUUGUGGCUCCGCGGCCAAAACAAGGACUUCUCCGCUUCAGGAACAAGCCACCUGGUCCAACGUACAGGGAGAGAUUGCGCAGCUCCUUUGCCCACUCGUCCAUCCCUGGAAUGCAGCAUGUCUUCGGGGAGCGGCAUCUCUGGCAGCGCUGCCUGUGGCUUACCGUCGUCCUGGGAGCGGGCCUCACUGGAUUUAGUCUGUACACCGUGCUGAGGCAUCGCCACAGUGAGCAGCUCCUGGUCAGCCUGAUAGAGACCACCCAGUUGCCAGUCUAUCACAUCGAUUUCCCAGCGGUGGCCAUUUGUCCAUGGAGCCACGUCAACUGGGAAAGAGCACUGCCAGCAUUACACCGAUUUCUGCCCAGAAAUCCGGAUGCAGAGCUUCGGGAAACAUUCCGCAUGCUACUCGUGGUUCUGGAUCUUACUUCAUUUUCCAAUUUCCAAAGGGCAGAGGAUCUGGCCAAGAAGAAUGGCACUGGUUUGGGGUUUUUAAAAAUGAAGCAGCUGAUGAACUUCUUGGCCUAUCGAUGCGACGAGCUGUUUGUCUCCGAUUCCUGCGUCUUCGAUGAGACUCCCUACGAUUGCUGCAAGCUCUUCGUGCCGGAACAAACGGAGAAGGGUCAGUGCUUGGUCUUCAACUCCCUGAUAUCGGAGCACUCCCGGAAAAAGCAACUGACCAAUAAGUUUUAUCCUUACAAAUUGAGCACCGCUGGCGAGGAGUCGGGCUUGAAAUUUACUAUCAAUGCAAGCUAUACCUUUGUGAAGUCUGGCGAACCUCUUCCCUUUGGAAUGAAUCUAAUGAUUAAGGAACCACGACAAUGGUCGAAUCAAAUGAUGUACCACCUCUAUCCGGAUACGGAAAACUUUGUGGCUGUGCAUCCUAUGGUCACGGAAACCUCCCCUAACACCUAUGAAAUGAGUCCCAGCAAGAGGCGUUGCUACUUUGAUAACGAAAAGAAUCCAAACUUCCAGGACUCUUCAUUGACCUAUAAUCGGGAAAAUUGUCUGGUUAUGUGCCUUCAUCUAGUCGUCUUGAAGACCUGCAAUUGCUCCACGCCUGUUUUUCUGCCGCCCAUUGAAACCAUUCGGGAGUGUGGAAUAGUGGAUGCCGCCUGUCUGGGCAGCAAUGCCGAUAUUUUCAGCUAUGUAAAGAUGGGCGAGCAGGAUAAAUACAUUAACGACUCACGACGUGGACACUUUUGUGAUUGCCCAGAUAAUUGCAAUUCGCGGCAGUACAAAAUGACGCUCAAUGUGAGAAAGUUGGAUUAUCCAAAAAACUCUACAGAGACGUUGAUAAAAGCACAGAUUUAUUAUGGCCAGCGAGUGAUGACCAAAAUCAUAACGAAACUCAAGUACACUAAUCUAGAUCUGCUGGCCAACUUUGGUGGCAUCAUAAGUCUUUACAUAGGGGCCUCUGUCAUGAGUUUCAUAGAACUUUCGAUUGUGCUGGGCAAACUGCUGCGGGUAUUCGUUAAAGAUGCCUACGCGAAGGUAAAAAGAGUGUGUUAA